AUGGCCAUCUUCUUCAAUGAGUUCAAACAUCUUGUAAUCCAACUGGAAGAAAUCAAAUCAGCCACCGAUAACUUUGGUGACAACAACUUAAUCGGAAGAGGUGGAUUCGGGAAGGUGUACAAAGGAACAAUCUCUCACUCUAAAGGGACAAGCAUGGCUGCUUUUAAGCGUCUUGACAGCAAAUAUGGGCAAGGAAACUCCGAGUUCUGGAAAGAGAUCACGAUGCUUUCCCGUUACACACAUGAAAAUCUCGUAUCUCUCCUAGGAUAUUGUGACGAGGGUGGUGAGAAGAUCCUUGUGUACGAGUAUGCAUCUCGUGGAAGCCUCGAUCGCCAUUUAAGUGACACUGCUCUCACAUGGAUGCAACGUCUUAGGAUAUGCCUUGGUGCUGCAAGGGGACUAAGCUAUCUUCAUGAUCCCAAGGGGACACAACAAAGAGUUCUGCAUCGCGAUAUCAAAAGCUCCAACAUCCUAUUGGAUGAGAAUUGGAAUGCUAAAGUUUCUGAUGUCGGGCUAUCAAGAAUAAGCCCUGCUAAUCAACCUCACACAAUUGUUAUCUCUAAUAUGGUUGGUACCCUUGGGUACCUAGAUCCGUUGUAUCUGGAGAUGGGUUUGCUAACAAAAGAGUCCGACGUAUACUCUUUUGGCGUGGUGUUAUUUGAAGUAUUAUGUGGGAGAUUAUGCUUUGAAUUCAUUGAUUCUCGAUAUCAGACUCUAGUACAUACGUGGAAAGAUAGCUACAAAGAGAAGAAACUAGAUGAGAUUAUCUUUCAAGAUAUGUUGCAGCAAAUGGAUCAAAGUUCUUUGGAAACGUUUUCAGACAUUGCAUAUCUAUGUUUGCACGAAUCCCUUGAAGGACGGCCAAUGACGGCUCAUGUUGUGAAUGAACUUGAGAUUGCACUUGAACGACAGGUGACUUAUGAACAACAGAGAGACCAUGAAGAUAUGAAUAGGGACCAGACCUGCUUCUCUGGAAGAAGUGAAGUACCUCCCCUCAUCUACAUACCCAAAGAGGAACCAGAAAUGCUUCUCUCCAAAGGGAAACAGGUAAUUAGACAAUUUCUAUAA